AUGAAGCAUAUUUCAUCAAGUGGUCGAUUGCUCCGAGCGAAUCCGUGUCAGUUCUAUAGAAAAAAUACACAGGACUGCUGGCUUGGAUCCAAAUAUAUUUCAUGUGAUCAAUUGGAAGAGCAACUGCUUAAGACGACUCAACCUUGUUCAAAUAUAAGGAGUCCUCACAUGAUAGCAACGACAACCACUAAACCACAUGUCCCUAUAUGUGUUCGAUUCAAUCAUCUACUUUCGAGCAUCACAGGCGAUGUAGAGCUACAGAGAGAUCGCAAAGAAAUAUCGUUCAUUGUGUUUUCUGUCUAUUCGCAUCAAACAGGUCAAUUGUCAACUACCAAUUCACUCGACUUCAACUCACCACCCAUCAUUCUCAUUCGUAUUUUCAUUAUAACUCUGCUCGUUACACUAAUUGUAUUCUCGACGACAGUUAUUAUCAUUUAUUCACUCGGUCAUUGCCGAAAAGUCCAUCGACCAGUACAUUACACAUCAAAGUCAUGUCAAACCAAACUCAAUCCCUACAAUAGGGCUGCCGACAGACGAAGAACCAGGCACAAAUUAUUUGUCACCGCUAAACCCUCAGCCAGCAGACCGAGUGAACCGGUCUCCUCAUCAAGUUUUCCAGCUCAACCGAAGUCUGCCUCAGCACCUCACAGUUGA